AGAAAAAUAUAUUCCAUUUUCUAGGCACGACUGCUGGCUGUUGGAUACUUGCUGCCUUUAAAUCUGGCAGCAUCAAUACCACAUUCUAGACGUUAUUUCCCACUUUGAACAUCCCCCCCCAAAUAAGUGUUUGGGAGACCCCAACAUUUUCUGACUUAGGCUUGAAAGUGCCAGGCUGUUUCUCUGGAGGAACCAAGCUCUGGAGAGCAACACUGAAUCCCUGGGAAGAGAGAGCAUGGGGUGUGCUGAUUUAAAAACAGAAAAUGCAAAGUUGGACUGAAAAUAUCCUUAGUCUUCCAAGCAAUCUGCUUAAAGGUUCCAAACUUACCUUAAUUUGGUGAGAAAAGAAGCUGCCCUAUUUUUCUUUCUCCUUCUUCUUCUUCUCCUCCAACUGGAACCAGCCAUUUCCCCCAAACCACCACCAUGGAGGUUGCAAUGGUGAGUGCGGAGAGCUCAGGGUGCAACAGUCACAUGCCUUACGGUUAUGCCGCGCAGGCCCGGGCCCGGGAGCGCGAGAGGCUGGCUCACUCGAGGGCGGCUGCGGCGGCUGCUGUCGCCGCGGCCACAGCUGCUGUGGAAGGCGGCGGGGGGUCUGGAGGGGGCGCCCACCAUCACCACCACCACCAGCUGCGUGGGGCCUGCACCUCCCAAGACCCUCAGAGCGGCCGGGGAAGUAGGAGGAGGAGGCGACAGCGGCCCGAGAAGAAGAAAGUCCAGCACCGGCAGAGCAGCUUCCCUCACUGCUCCGACCUGAUGCCCAGUGGCUCCGAGGAGAAGAUCCUGCGGGAUCUGAGUGAGGAGGAGGAGGAAGAGGAGGAAGAGGAGGAGGAAGAGGAAGAAGAGGAGGCAGAGGAGGAGGAGGGAAGGUUUCGCUACAGCGAGGAUGACCGCGGCGAUGAGUGUUCCUACACCGACCUGCUGCCCCAGGACGAUGCGGGCGGCGGUGGCGGCUACAGCUCGGUCCGCUACAGCGACUGCUGCGAACGCGUGGUGAUCAACGUCUCGGGCCUGCGCUUUGAGACCCAGAUGAAAACCCUGGCCCAGUUCCCCGAGACUUUGCUGGGGGACCCUGAGAAGAGGACUCAGUAUUUCGACCCUCUGCGUAACGAGUAUUUUUUUGACAGGAACAGGCCUAGCUUUGAUGCCAUCUUAUACUAUUACCAGUCAGGGGGCCGCCUGAAGAGGCCCGUCAACGUCCCCUUUGAUAUCUUCACGGAGGAGGUGAAGUUCUACCAGUUGGGGGAGGAGGCCCUGCUCAAGUUUCGGGAGGAUGAGGGCUUUGUGAGAGAGGAGGAGGACAGGGCCUUGCCGGAGAAUGAAUUUAAAAAGCAGAUUUGGCUGCUCUUUGAGUAUCCGGAGAGCUCCAGUCCCGCGAGGGGCAUAGCUAUCGUCUCGGUCCUGGUCAUCCUCAUCUCCAUCGUCAUCUUCUGCCUGGAAACCUUGCCAGAGUUUAGGGACGACAGGGAUCUUAUCACAGCACUGAGCACAGGCGGGCACAGUGGGUUGUUGAACGACACCUCGGCCCCCCACCCAGAGAACUCAGGGCACACGAUAUUCAACGACCCCUUCUUCAUUGUGGAGACGGUCUGCAUUGUGUGGUUCUCCUUUGAGUUUGUGGUUCGCUGCUUUGCUUGUCCCAGCCAAGCCCUCUUCUUCAAAAACAUCAUGAACAUCAUUGACAUUGUCUCCAUUUUGCCUUACUUCAUCACGCUGGGCACGGAUCUGGCCCAGCAGCAGGGGGGUGGCAACGGGCAGCAGCAGCAGGCCAUGUCCUUCGCCAUCCUCAGGAUCAUCCGUCUGGUCCGAGUAUUCCGGAUCUUCAAACUCUCCAGGCACUCCAAGGGCCUGCAGAUCCUUGGCCACACCCUCCGAGCCAGCAUGCGGGAACUGGGCCUUCUGAUCUUUUUCCUCUUCAUUGGGGUCAUCCUCUUUUCCAGUGCUGUGUAUUUCGCGGAGGCGGAUGAACCGACUACCCAUUUCCAAAGCAUCCCAGAUGCAUUUUGGUGGGCCGUGGUGACCAUGACAACUGUGGGCUACGGGGACAUGAAGCCCAUCACUGUGGGGGGCAAGAUCGUAGGGUCUCUGUGUGCCAUUGCAGGCGUCUUAACCAUUGCUUUGCCAGUGCCAGUGAUUGUCUCUAACUUUAACUAUUUCUACCACAGAGAGACUGAAAAUGAGGAACAGACACAGCUGACACAGAAUGCAGUCAGUUGCCCGUACCUCCCUUCUAAUUUGCUGAAGAAAUUUCGGAGCUCUACUUCUUCUUCCCUGGGGGACAAGUCAGAGUAUCUAGAGAUGGAAGAAGGGGUUAAGGAAUCUCUGUGUGCAAAGGAGAAGUGUCAGGGAAAGGGGGAUGACAGUGAGACAGAUAAAAACAACUGUUCUAAUGCGAAGGCUGUGGAGACCGACGUGUGAAUCUCCUUCGCCACCCGCCACUGCCCCUCCCCCCAAUCCCAGCAUCUCCAAAUAUAUUUAUGCAUAGAGAGUGCAGUUAUGAAAAUGAUAUAUGCAAAUGAAUCCAAUGCAUACAGUAGUACGCCAUUUAAUGGUUAUACAUGGCAUAAUUGUUACUAAACUUGUAUUACAUAUCAAACAAAUGAUACAUCUUGGAGAAGAGGGAGGCUUAAAUAGGAGCAAAUCUAUCUUUAUAUUUUUUAUUAGAAUGCAAGAAUUUUGCACAUUAACUGGAGGAGGUGUUAAAAGUAAAGAUGGUUCUGUGGAGAGAAUGUGUAUGUGUGUGUUUGUGUGUGUGUGAGUGCUGCGUGCGUGUGUGUAUGUGUAAGUAAAUUGUCAACGUUGUUAGUAAUCGUGCAGUGAUGGGAAAAGUUGGCAUUUUGAAGUAUUUACUAUGUAAGACCUAAUGAAUUUGAGCUGUCAUUUAUCAGUGCUUUAAUAGCAUUUCAUGUCUUUGGAUUCCAUAGCUGUUGUUUUUUAAAAAUUGUAAGAAUUACUAUGUAGAAAAAAAAGAAAGUGGAUUAUUUAAUAGACGAUAGGUUACAGUUUUAUCUUGGAUUUAAUUAAAGUUUAUUUUUAACUGGAAAUUAACUUUUAAAAAGGCUGCAGGGGCCUUUAGAAAUUGAUUAUAUUUUAUUAUUAAUUUUGGGGAGAUGUGACAGCAAAUGCCUAACAAUGAUGGAAGAAAUGAAAUCAGAGAAAAUGUAACAAGUUUUGUUCACAGAUAACAGAACUGGAAUUUUCUUUCUUUUUUUUUUUUUCCUUUUCCUUUGCACUACUUUAUAUGCUGGAGAUUGAGAGAGACUUCAUACUGUGAAUGUUUACUAAUGUAACAGUUCAAUGACAAUCAUUGGAAGAAUGAUUUCUUAGUCUUAUUUUAUUGUUCUCUCAUUUUCUUUGUGUGAGAAGAAUGGCCACAGAGAUAACAGCACAUGAUUCCCUUCUCUUCUUAAAUCUAAAUAACUGAUCUGCAAAGGGACUAUGAAGUCAAAUUUAGCAACUGAAUCUUUUGAAAUUGCUCUGUUACAAUGAUGCUUCUGAAACCAUACUAUUUUAAAUAUUCUUCUGCCUUUAAAUCCAGAAUAAUUUAACCAAAGUUAAUGCAUGCACUGAAAGAAUUCUUGAAGAAUUAAGACGCCCAGCAGCUACAGUGAUUAUGGCUUAAGAGCUUUCUAUUA